AUGAGCUUGAGAGAGGAAGAGACAUUUCUCUUGACGUCUUCGAAGCUAUCAGGAAAUUCAAGUCUUGUUUUCUCGGAAAACUAUGCCGAUUCGAGUUGGUGUUUGGACGAGCUCGCCAGAAUUGACGACAGAAAAGAAGAGAAGGGGCUCAUAUUCUUUCCAGUUUUCUGUGAUGUGGAUCCGUCGCACAUAAGAAAGCAGAAAGGGAGUGUAGAAAAUGCUUUUAAGAAGCAUGAGAAAAACUUGCAAAAUGAAAUGGGAAAACUGGAGAACUGGAGGAGAGCUUUAAAUCGGAUAGCUAACGUGUCCGGUUGGCAUUUGACAGAUUAUAUUUACGUAACUCUGUUUAGUAAUUAG